UAAUGGAAAAUUCCAUGUAUUAUGCACCUAAAUGUACGCGGGGUUAGUAUGGAUUCGUACAUGAACAAUAUCUAAGUGCCUUGUACUAGGUACCUAUUUCCCCAAUUGAAGAUCCAAUGCUAGCCUAGGUACGCAGCCACAGAACCACACAGCCACAGACAUCCGGGUAGAACUCAAAGUGCGUCACGGCUUAAGCUGUCAAGGUUCAUUCUUUGCCUUCGCGUCUUCAAUCCUAACUUCAUCCGCUUAAAGGCCUACCUUCUAAAUACGACCCCUCCUCCUUCCACCUUCUAACGCGCUUCUAAUUUACCAGAAUCCGACUCAUUUUGUGUUAUGCAUUAUUGGUACCGUCUCGUCUUGAUCACAGCGCCCUAACAGAAAGGAUAAAGAAAAGAUGUCGGUCUUGCUCGAGACGAGCGCCGGCGACAUAGUGAUAGACUUGUUAGUUGAUUACGCGCCAAAGGAAUGCGAAAACUUCAUAAAACUUUGCAAGGUCAAGUACUACAACUUCUCGCCUAUACAUUCUAUCCAACAGAACUUUUCCUUUCAAACUGGCGACCCUCUUGGCCCUACCUCUGCCGCUUCUGAUGGCGGCUCCUCUAUAUGGGGUCUCAUCUCCGGGCCCUCCAAGAAAACAUUUAGCGCUACAUUUCACCCAAAGUUGAGACAUCUCGAGAGAGGCACUGUCUCCAUGGCCACUGCUCCACAUCCAUCCGACCCUGAUGCUCGUGUUGCUGGCAGCCAAUUCAUUGUUACACUCGGUGACAACACAGAUUAUUUGGACGGAAAGGCGGCUAUCUUUGGCAAGGUUGUCGAGGGCUUUGACGUACUGGAGAAAGUCAACAACGCCAUUACUGACAAAGAUGGCCAUCCGCUUGUUGAUAUUCGCAUAAAACAUACAAUUAUUCUUGAUGACCCCUACUCCGACCCGUCCGGCCUACGAGAGCCCAGCCAAUCACCUCCCCCGUCCCAAGCACAGCUCGCUACGGUUCGAAUCGCCGAUGAUGCGCCUUUAACCGAAGAGAUAGACGAGGAGGCGGCAGAGAAGGUGCGACGUGAGAGGGAGGCACGCGCCCAGGCUUUAACCCUCGAGAUGAUGGGUGACCUUCCAUUUGCCGAAGUCAAACCUCCCGAGAAUGUACUUUUCGUAUGCAAGCUCAACCCCGUGACCACCGAUUCCGACCUUGAGCUUAUAUUCAGCCGUUUCGGUAAGAUUUUAUCGUGCGAGGUCAUACGCGACAAGAAAACAGGAGAUAGCCUACAGUAUGCCUUCGUAGAAUUCGAAGACAAGGGCGCAUGCGAAGCGGCUUAUUUUAAAAUGCAAGGAGUGCUCAUUGACGACCGAAGGAUACACGUCGACUUUAGUCAGAGUGUGAGCAAGUUGGCCGAGGUCUGGAGGGGAGGGGAAAAUGCGAAGAGGAAACGCAAGCGUGAGGGCGGCGGAUGGGGCGGUGUUAAGGAGCUGGAGAAAUGGAGGAAGUACAGGGAAGAGGAUGGCCGCGAAGAUACCGAGGAUCAUUACAACAUGGUUUACGGGGAGGAAGAAAUGCGCGGCCGGCACAGGCGACAGAGAGACGGUCGAGAUCAAGAUGAUAGGCGGGCCCGAGAUCCCGACCGCUUCGGGGAUAGAGAUGAAAAUAGAAACCGUAGCGAUGCGGAUCGAGCCCGACGCCGGGACGGUGGGCAUGGGCGCGACCGGGAUGGAGCGCCGCAGUCGCGAAGUAGAAGCCCAGUGAGAGACAAGCCUCGAGAUAGGAAUCGGUACGAUGACCACCGAAGGGAUAAUCGCGCUAGGUACCGACAUGACGAUAGACGUGGAAAAGAUCAAGAAAGAGAUCGGCCUCGUGAUGAAUAUCGGCGGAGGUAGCCUGAAUCCACUACCUCAUACGGAACGACUGUUAUAUCGAGUAUGUGGAUUUAGUUAAUUACCAGGUACCUACCUAACCCAUCUAAAUCAAGUUUACGGAGCCGUGUUCUAGACGUACCUACUCAGCGUUAUAUACGAAUGGCAUGAAACAAGCGUGUCUUUAUAAACACACAACUAUGUACGGGCGUAGUGAUUGCGCGUGUAGCUUGGUAUAGGAUAUUCGUUCUAUUGUAAGUAGGGAGUUGGGUUCAUUCCAUCGCUCGCCCCUAUCGAAAGUCCCUUUUAUCGCCGUACAAAACAGUCAAAUAUCAGUCUAAUAUGGCGUGACGAGAUGCGGCCUCGGCUAUAUGAUGGUGGC